GAGAGAGAGAAGUUGAUAGAUAUUUAUAAUAGCUCGUUGAUUAAAAGUUUUUGAGAUGAGUUCUCAAGAGCUGAAGAAGAAAGAAAAAGGAAAAGAAAUUGUCACUUCCGAAGAAAAACCUACCACUUCCGAAGUCUCCAUGUAUUUCAGUGAGCAGGGAAUAGCAGCUCUCCUAGAAGCUAAUAAGAAAGAUAAUGCUGAGAAAGUUGGUACGCAACCAAAGGAGAGUUCAUCUUCAAAAAUCAAGCCUUGCAUUUUCUUUACUUCAGAUGAAAAGGCGAGACUGCGGUGGUCAAGCGACCUUCAUGAUUGCUUUGUCAAAGCCGUUGAGAAACUUGGUGGACCGGAUAAGGCAACACCAAAAGCUGUCAAAAACAUGAUGGAAGUUGAAGGAAUUGGACUUCACCAUGUUAAGAGUCAUCUUCAGAAGUUUAGACUUGGAAGAUGUAACAUACGGGAUGAAACGGAUCAAUAUCAUAAACGUUAUAGAGGUCGGCGCAUUUUUAAAGCAUAUGCUGCAUCAAAUUCACCUCGCGCACAAGUAAACAUAAGACCUAAAGUUAUAGGAGAUGUGAAGCCAAAGAAGGCAAAAGAAGACCAUGGAUCACUUUACAUGCUUAUAGAGCAAGGUCUAAAUUUACAAAGAUGUCGUGAGGCAGAAAGAAUGCAAAUGGCUUUUGAAAUAGAAAAUAACCGUAAAAUGUUGGAGGCACAAUAUUUGCAAGCAAGCAUGGUUCCAACUAUAACCAAUCAACACAUAAACUAUAUUUCAACAACAACUCCUGCAACUCAACAGCCUUCAUCACAAACAUCAGAUCAGUGGUUAACAGAACGCUAUUCCAGAAGACAGACCAGUGAUUCACAACAACCAACUACUAUGAUUCUACAAACUACCACUUGUCUACCCAAGUGUGACUUACCUCAGGAGACAAGUAAUACAUUUUCAAUGUACCAGCCACAGCAUAUGAAUACCUCAACUCAAGAACAACAAUUUAACAGCAGUCUCAACUACAACAUCACUCAAGGUUUCAUCAAUCCGUGUGUGACUACUGAGCCACAAUCGAUGCCUGGCUCAUCCAUUGUCACAAAUCAGGCAAAACUUCAGCUCAACGAUGAUUGCGUCAUUCACGACUCAUAUCCCAAUCCAAGUUUCCUACCUACCGCAGUACCACAAACAGUUGAUUCCCUUCAUCAGGUUAUUUCUAACAUCACAUUUCCAUUAUUGACGACAUCACAACCUAUACAAACACAUGCUCCAAAUCGUACUUAUAAUUAUCCUGAAUACAACACUCUUGAAAGGGUUAAAGCCCAGCUCAGUGCAUUACAAUACUCAAGCACAAGCCGCAUUCAAGCAGCACCUUCUCGUGAAACCAACUUAUUGUCUUCUGCCACAAGGGAUGAUGAGGAAGAUCCAGUGGAUAUGUAUAUUGACUGGGGUAAAUAUGACGAAGUGGAUAUUGAUGAACUUGAUCCAGUUGAAGCACUCAUGGCUUUAGGUUUUUGAGUAAGUCAUUUACCUUAAUAUCGUAAAACUAUCAGUAUUGUUGUGAUUUAUAUGUUGAUUAUAAUAGGCAUUUAUUAUAGAGUCAAAGAACUUGAUUUACCUUUUUCGGUUUAAGUUUACAUAAUAAAUACAAAUCUAAGUUAGAACUGUGACACAUAUUAUUUAUCUGCCUUCAUCACCACCAUGUUGCCGUCGUCAACACUAUGUUGCCGUCACCAACCAAAUAUUUUUCUCAUGUCUUCCCUUGAAAAAUUUCAUGUAUU